UUAAAACGACCUCGUCUAAUAACUAUUUCUUUAUCCUCCCGAAAUUACAUAAAGCUCUCUCUUCUUGCUCCACCGACUUUGUUGUUCGUUCAGUUCUCUCACUCUCUCUCUCUCUCUCUCUCUCUCUCUCGCCUGAGCCAUCUUUUAGGGUUUUCAGUUCUCAGUUUGUGUUCCCAGGAAUAUAUGUAAACAAAUUUGGACGGAAAUUGACAAACCUAACUUUCCGUGGGUUUAAAAUGCUACUCACUCAUGAAACGAACCCAAGCCCUCCCUUCUAAUGACUUUCUCCACCAGUGAAUGGCUCGAUUUCGCCCUCAUAUUUCGCAUUUCUUUCUUCUCUUCACCCUUGUAACCCUCACGAAUCCUAUCCUCGUUCUCGCGACCACAAACUACGAUUCCGACGAUGGGGAUUUUGAUUCCAAUCUCUUCCACCAGGACUACUCUCCCCCGGCUCCUCCGCCGCCGCCACCUCACCCACCUUCCGUUUCGUGCGCCGAUGACCUCGGAGGCAUCGGCUCGCUGGACACCACGUGUCAGAUAGUUAAGGACGUGAACCUCACCCGCGACGUGUACAUAGCAGGGAAGGGCAGUUUUUACAUCCUGCCCGGGGUGAGAUUCCAUUGUCCAAGUCCCGGUUGUCUUCUAACGGUUAACAUUUCUGGUAAUUUUAGCCUAGGCAUCAAUUCAUCGAUCGUGAGCGGAGCUUUUGAGCUUGCGGCGCACAACGCGAGCUUCCUCAAUGGUUCGGUGGUGAACAUGACGGGGUUGGCGGGGCAGCCGCCACCAGAGACGAGUGGGACGCCACAGGGAAUAAGCGGGGCAGGCGGGGGGCAUGGCGGGAGGGGCGCGUGUUGUUUGGUGGACAAGACGAAGCUCCCGGAGGACGUGUGGGGCGGCGACGCCUAUUCCUGGUCGUCGCUGCAUAAACCAUGCAGUUUCGGGAGCCGGGGCGGGACAACAAGCAAGGAGGCCGAGUAUGGCGGAUUAGGUGGUGGGCGGGUGAAGAUGGAGAUUGUGGGGUAUGUUGUGGUGGAGGGGAGUAUUUGGGCCGAUGGAGGUGAUGGAGGGACCAAAGGUGGAGGUGGCUCUGGCGGCAGCAUCUACAUCAAGGCUUAUAAAAUGACUGGCAGUGGCAGGAUAAGUGCUUGUGGAGGUAAUGGCUAUGGUGGUGGCGGUGGUGGUAGAGUUUCAGUUGAUGUUUUCAGCAGGCAUGAUGACCCAAAAAUUUUUGUGCACGGAGGAAGUAGUUUUGGCUGUCCAGAGAAUGCAGGUGCUGCUGGGACUUUGUAUGAUGCUGUUCAGCGGAGCCUUAUUGUUAGCAAUCAUAACAUAUCAACAAAUACGGAGACACUUCUUUUGGAGUUUCCUAAUCAGCCUCUUUGGACAAAUGUUUAUGUUCAAAAUAAUGCCAGGGCUACUGUUCCAUUGCGUUGGAGUCGUGUUCAGGUACAAGGACAGAUAAGUCUGUUAUGUGGUGGAGUGUUGAGCUUUGGGCUUCCACAUUAUGCUUCAUCAGAGUUUGAAUUAUUGGCGGAAGAACUGUUGAUGAGUGACUCUGUGAUCAAGGUGUAUGGGGCUCUGCGCAUGUCUGUAAAAAUAUUCUUGAUGUGGAAUUCCAAAAUGCUCAUAGAUGGCGGUGAUGAUGCAAUGCUUGCUACAUCCUUGCUUGAGGCUAGUAAUUUAAUUGUUCUCAAGGAGUUGUCUGUCAUACAUUCUAAUGCAAAUCUGGGUGUUCGUGGACAAGGUCUGCUGAAUUUAUCUGGACCAGGGAAUUGGAUUGAAGCACAACGCCUGGUGCUGUCACUGUUUUACAGUAUCCAUAUUGGACCUGGUUCUCUUUUGCGUGGUCCCUUAGAGAAUGCAACAACUGAUGCUGUGACACCAAAGCUCCAUUGUGAAAACCAAGAUUGUCCUAUUGAAUUACUUCAGCCACCUGAAGAUUGCAAUGUGAACUCGUCACUGUCCUUCACUCUUCAGAUCUGCCGAGUUGAAGAUAUAACUGUUGGAGGCCUUAUUAAAGGGUCUGUUGUUCAUUUCCACAGAGCAAGAAAUAUAGCUGUACUGUCUUCUGGAGCAAUAAGUGCAUCAGGGAUGGGCUGCACAGGUGGUGUGGGCAGAGGACAUGCUCUGAGUAAUGGUAUUGGUAGUGGUGGUGGGCAUGGUGGCAAGGGUGGGCUUGGAUGCUACUAUGGUAAUUGUAUUGAGGGUGGUAUCUCAUACGGGAAUGCAGAUUUGCCUUGUGAACUUGGUAGUGGAAGUGGAGAUGACAGCUUAGCUGGUUCAACUGCAGGCGGUGGUAUUAUAGUAAUGGGUUCAGCGGAGCAUUCCUUGUCAAGUUUGUCCAUUGAAGGCUCAGUGAGUACUGAUGGUGAAAGUUUUAAAGGAACUAGGGGAAAGGCAAAUUAUGCUAUUGCAGAUGGUUUGAAUGGAGGUCCUGGAGGUGGGUCUGGUGGAUCUAUUCUUCUGUUUUUGCAUACAGUAGCUCUUGGUGAGUCUGCUGUUCUUUCGAGUAUUGGGGGAUCUGGUGGUCCCAAUGGAAGUGGCGGAGGAGGUGGUGGAAGGAUUCACUUUCAUUGGUCUGACAUUCCCACUGGAGAUGUGUACCAGCCCAUUGCUACAGUGAAAGGAAGCAUCCAUGCAAGGGGAGGGGUUGGUACAAAUCAAGGUGGUGCUGGAGAAACUGGAACAGUGACUGGGAAAGCUUGCCCAAAAGGACUGUAUGGUAUAUUUUGUGAGGAAUGUCCAGCUGGCACUUAUAAGAAUGUUACUGGAUCUGAUAGAGCACUUUGCCAUCAUUGUCCUGCUCAAGAGCUUCCCCAUCGUGCUGUUUACAUUGCUGUCCGAGGAGGUAUAGCUGAAACUCCUUGUCCUUACAGCUGCAUUUCAGACAGAUAUCACAUGCCAAACUGUUACACAGCUCUUGAAGAGUUGGUUUAUACAUUUGGUGGGCCUUGGUUAUUUGGUCUUCUCCUUAUGGGUCUUCUCAUUCUGUUAGCUCUGGUGCUUAGUGUUGCAAGAAUGAAAUUUUUUGGAGUUGAUGAAUCACCAGGACCAGCUCCCACUCAACAUGGCUCUCAAAUAGAUCACUCCUUCCCUUUUCUUGAGUCUUUGAAUGAGGUUUUGGAAACAAACAGAGCUGAAGAGUCCCAGAGUCAUGUGCACAGAAUGUAUUUCAUGGGUCCUAAUACUCUCAGCGAACCUUGGCAUCUCCCCCACACACCUCCUGAACAAAUAAAAGAGAUAGUAUAUGAGGGUGCAUUCAAUACUUUUGUGGAUGAGAUUAAUGCUCUAGCUGCUUAUCACUGGUGGGAGGGAGCAAUAUACAGCAUUCUUUCUGUUCUUGCAUAUCCCCUUGCAUGGUCAUGGCAACAGUGGCGUCGGAGAUUGAAAUUGCAACGUUUGCGUGAGUUCGUUAGAUCCGAGUAUGAUCAUGCUUGCUUACGUUCUUGCCGUUCACGCGCUCUUUAUGAAGGGAUCAAGGUUGCUGCAACUUCUGAUUUAAUGCUAGCAUAUGUGGAUUUCUUCCUUGGUGGUGAUGAAAAGAGAACUGAUCUUCCUCCUCGCUUACACGAUAGAUUUCCAAUGUCAUUACCUUUUGGAGGUGAUGGAAGUUACAUGGCUCCUUUCUCACUUCACAGCGAUAAUAUUCUCACAAGCCUCAUGAGCCAGUCAGUUCCACCUACGAUAUGGUAUCGAUUGGUGGCUGGUUUGAAUGCACAAUUGCGCUUAGUUCGUCGUGGACGGUUGAUAGUAACAUUUCGGCCUGUUCUCAGAUGGCUUGAAACUCAUGCCAAUCCUGCGUUGAGGAACCAUGGAAUAUGUGUUGAUCUUGCCUGGUUUCAGGCUACAGCUUGUGGCUAUUUUCAGUAUGGACUUUUGGUGUAUGCUGUUGAAGAAGAAAAUGAUCCUGCAUCAUUUGGAAAUAUUGGUGGAGCAAUCCAAACAGAGCAACAGUUACGUGCGAAAACUGUGUACAGAGAACAUCCGUCCAGUCAUUUGAUAGAAGAAACACACUCAAAUCAAGCACUCGGAAGCAACGAAAGUUUAAUGAGGCGAAAAAGGACAUAUGGCAGCAUUUUAGAUGCUAGCAAUUUACAAGUACUUGAAGAAAAGAGAGAAAUAUUUUAUCUUCUCUCUUUUAUACUUCAUAAUACUAAACCUGUUCGCCACCAGGAUCUUGUUGGUUUAGUCAUCUCUAUGCUACUUUUAGGGGAUUUUAGCUUAGUGUUGCUUACUUUGCUCCAGAUGUAUUCAUUUUCACUGGCAGAUGUCUUUCUGGCUUUGUUUAUUUUACCUCUGGGCAUUCUUCUCCCAUUUCCUGCUGGAAUCAAUGCUCUAUUCAGUCAUGGACCUAGACGUUCCGCAGGCCUUGCACGUUUCUAUGCUUUGUGGAACAUUACAUCCUUGAUUAAUGUUAUGGUUGCUUUUGUUUGUGGAUAUCUGCACUAUUACUCUCAAUCAUCACCAAGUAGAAAGCGUCCGAACUUUCAGCCAUGGAAUAUUAACAUGGACGAAAGUGAAUGGUGGAUUUUUCCGGCUGGACUGGUUUUAUGUAAAUUCUUCCAGUCCCGCCUUAUAAACUGGCAUGUGGCAAAUCUGGAGAUUCAUGACCGCUCAUUGUAUGGUAACAAUUUCGAGCUGUUCUGGCAGUCAUAAAUAUUAUGGCUGUCAACAAGAUGACAUGUCCACCUUACCUUAACAUGUACUUUUGUUUUCUCAGGUAUUUUUGAAUGUUUUAUGAGUAGGUGAGUGAUUGACAUAGAGAUUAGAGAAGUAGAGAAAGGAAAAUGAAAAUGAAAAGAGAGAGAGAGAGAGAGAGAGAGAGAGAGAGAGAGAGAGAGAGAGAGAGAGUUAUUGUACCUAAAAUCAUUACUGUAAUCCUUUGUUGAAGAAAUAAUGAAAGCAAUAUGUACUUUUCUUUUC